UCGCUCACUCACUCUCACUCUCUCACUCGCUGCCGGCAGGUGAAAGCUCUCCACGGCGUGCUGGUUCUCCCACAAGCCGGUGCUAACCUGCCGAUUUACGACCUCUCGCUCGGAUUUCGAAGCUGUGCUGUUUGUUUGCCGCUCUUGGAAUGACACCGCGCUGAGUUGCUGUGAUGAGAUCCUCUUUCCUCGGAUAUUUGUGCGCUCUUCUCCUGCUGCUGCGGGAACCUGCGUGCCACGGGGAUGAGGUGACAUCAGGCACAGUGAACCCGUGCUGCUACUUGCCCUGUCAGCACUGGGGUGUGUGCGUAAGAUACGGAGACGACCGCUACGAGUGUGACUGCACCCGCACCGGCUACCAUGGGGAGAACUGCACCGUCCCGGAGCUCUGGACUCGGGUGCAUGGCCUCCUGAAACCCAGGCCGGACACAGUGCAGUACAUCCUCACCCACUUCCGCUGGCUCUGGGACGUCGUCAACAACACCUUCCUGAGGGACGUUCUGAUGCGACUUGUCCUGACAGUGCGGUCCAGCUUAAUCCCCAGCCCUCCAACCUACAACUCAAAAUAUGGUUACCUCAGCUGGGAGUCCUACUACAAUCUAAGCUACUACACUCGAAUUCUUCCACCAGUGCCUGAAGACUGUCCUACACCUCUGGGUGUCAAAGGCAAAGCUGGGCUGCCCGACCCUGAGCUGCUAGUGGAGAAGCUGCUGAAGCGAAGGAAGUUCAGGGCCGACCCACAGGGUUCCAACCUCAUGUUUGCCUUCUUCGCGCAGCACUUUACCCACCAGUUCUUCAAGACCUACAACCGCAUGGGCCUGGGCUUCACAAAGGCCCUAUCGCACGGGGUGGAUGCGGGGCACGUUUACGGAGAUAACCUGGAGCGGCAACUUAAGCUUCGACUUUUAAAAGACGGGAAACUUAAAUAUCAGUUGAUUGAUGGAGAGAUGUACCCUCCCUCUGUAGCUGAAGCCCCCGUCAAGAUGAGCUACCACCAGGGCGUGGCCCCCGAAGAUCAGUUCGCUAUCGGCCAGGAAGUGUUCGGACUCCUGCCCGGUUUGGGAUUGUAUGCCACGCUGUGGUUGAGGGAGCACAACCGUGUGUGCGACCUCCUAAAAGCCGAGCAUCCCAGCUGGGAUGACGAGCAGCUGUUUCAGACCACGCGACUCGUCAUCAUUGGUGAGACCAUCCGAAUAGUGAUCGAAGAAUACGUGCAGCACCUCAGCGGCUACCUGCUGCAGUUAAAGUUCGACCCCACCCUGCUCUUCCAUGCCCAGUUCCAGUAUGGGAACCGCAUCGCCCUGGAGUUCAGCCAGCUCUACCACUGGCACUCAUUGAUGCCCGACAGCUUCCGUAUUGACGGAGAUGAGCUCUCCUACCCGCAGUUCCUCUUCAACAUGUCCGUGCUCACACGUUACGGUGUGGACAAGCUGGUGGACGCCUUUUCCCGGCAAGUGGCUGGCCAGAUAGGCGGGGGCCACAACAUCAACCCUGUGGUGACGCCUGUAGCCGUGAGGACCAUCAGGGAGUCGCGGCAGCUGCGCAUGCAGCCCUUCAACGAGUACAGGAAACGCUUCAACCUCAAGCCAUACACGUCCUUCAGAGAGUUCACAGACAACGAGGAGAUAGCGCUCAUUCUUGAGGAGUUCUACGGCGACAUUGACGCUCUUGAAUUUUACCCCGGCAUGCUGCUGGAGAGUCCCCAGCCAGGGUCCAUAUUCGGAGAGAGCAUGGUGGAGAUGGGCGCGCCGUUCUCCCUCAAAGGCCUCCUGGGCAACCCCAUCUGCUCCCCCGAGUACUGGAAGCCCAGCACUUUCGGGGGCCGUGUGGGCUUUGACAUCGUCAACUCUGCCACGCUGAAGAACCUGGUGUGCCUCAAUUCCAGGACGUGCCGUUACGUGGCAUUCCGAGUGCCGCCAGAGGAGCGAAGCGUUAGGACGGAUGAGUUGAUCCGCAGUUCACCACGACACAGCCGUGUUGCCAUGACGACGCUGGACGACAAGCUCCUCGGGGAGAAGCUGCAGUACUACUACAGCAGCAGCGAGGACGAAGGCAGCGAUAACGAGGACGACGAGGGGCAGGCCAAAACCAUAAGAGAUGGCGCCGCCAAUGAGCCUGAGCUUGACUACAGCGCUGACGGCAGCGCGGUCAACACUGGACCAAAAGGUGUGAUCAAUGACUGGAGGAAGUACAAGCAGCUGGAGGUGGAGCAGAAGCAGGAGCAGAAGAACGAGAUGGAGCGCCUGAUCAAGAAGCUGUCCAUGACGUGCCGCUCUGACCUGGACCUGGAAAAAGACAAGGAGAAGCAGAAGGAGCUGCAAGAGAAAAUCAAAGGCAAAAUGACCAUGCAGGAGUACAACAUCCUCCAGCAGGAAGAGGACGACGAGGACUUCCUGCAGCACUACCGCACACAGCGCAUGGAGGAGAUGCGGCGGCAGCUGUGUCGCGGCAAGCGCUUCGAGCACGUCCAAGAGCUGGCCGGCGGCGAGGACUUCCUGGAGGCGCUGGACGAGGAGGACAAGAACACGCCGGUCGUGAUCCACAUCUACGAGCCCGACGUGGUGGGCUGCGAGGCCAUGAGCGGCAGCCUGGCGUGCCUGGCGCACGAGUACCCGCUGGUCAAGUUCUGCAGCGUGCGCAGCUCGGCCGUCGGCACCAGCGCGCUCUUCCGGGACAGCGCUCUGCCCGCCCUACUCGUCUACAAAGGCGGGGAGCUCAUCGGCAACUUUGUGCGGCUCACCGACCAGUUGGGCGAGGACUUCUUCGCCGUGGACGUGGAGGCCCUGCUGCAGGAGUACGGCAUGCUGCCCGAGAAGGUCCUCGCGGUCACCAAGACCGUCCGCAACGGCGCCAUCAUUCAGAGCAAUCUCAGCGACGACGACGACUCUGACCUCGACAUAGACUAGAGCGCUAUCUGGCUUAUAUUCUGCAUGGACUCUUUCCAUGUCUUUCCCCCCCCCCACACACACUUUUUUUUUCUUGUAAAUACACAAUUUUCCCCCCCCCAUAAAUGUACAACUUUUUUCCUCCUAAAAUCACUGUUAUAAAUAACUUCAUAAUAACUUUUUCAAUAUUAAGACUUUUUUUUCAUAAAUACCAAACUUUACCUUGAUAAAUCUACAAAAUACAUUUUAUUCUAAAUAAAGUAGGACUUUUUCUCAUAAAUGCCAAUUUCAUACACAUAAAAUUAUUGCUAUUUUUCCUCCUAAAAUAACAUUUGUUACACAUUAAUAACGAUUCUGAUACUAUCGAGACUUGAUAAUGACUUUUUUCCACUUACAGUUCCAAUUUGAAAUUGCAACGUUAUUUUCAUAAAUUAAGAGCUUUUUUAAUAUAAUUUUGUCCUCAUUUGUACCAACUUUCCCCCCUCAUAAAUUCACAGUCAUGCAUGGUAAAUAAAAAUUUUAUAACUUCUGAAAUUAAUUUUUUUUCUCGUACGUGAAUAACAUUUUUCUGUUGAUAGUAACUUUUUAUUUUUAUUGAGAAAUGUGACAAUUUCUUCAAUUUCUUUCAAACUUAAGAUUUUCUCAAAAAUAUAUAGUAUUUUCACGCAAAUACUUUUUUUUUUUUUUUUUUUUUUUUUAAACGUCAUCAAAAUGUGAAACUUUAUUCUGUUAAAUUAUAAAAAACAUUUUCUUUUAGUCAUCAUUUGGGAAAUAUUUUUUCCCCUCAAACAUUUGCAACUGUAUUCUCCUAAAAAUACAUGGGUUAAAGCAAUAUCAGCGACGACGACUGACCAGCUAAUAUCCAGGUGACCUGUUGACAUUAUGCAUGGACCCUUAACAUUUUAUUUUCUACUCACCAGCAGCAAUGACUAAACAACAAAAACAUCUACACUGAAAAAUCAUCAUCAAUCCAUGUUUAAAGGGCCCACAUGAUGAAAACAGUUCCCAGCUGUCUUAACAUGUUAGUGACGUUCUUCAAUUAAAAAUUCCCCAAGGAUCGACAAUAACAGUACACUUAACAUCCACUUGUCACACUGUGGUUCAAAUCACUCUUGGUUUUUGUUGUUUGUUUGUUUGUUUGGGGGUGGGGGUCUCAGUUCUGCUUUCGUUACCAUGACAAUCAGGGACAGAGCUAAGGCAUGUAACAAAGUGAGCGAACACUUGGUGUUGCCAACUUAGUAACUUUGUAGCUAAAUAAACUUAUCUGAGACCUCUAGUGACUAUAGAAAAUAGAGACUGUGUGUCCAAACUAUCAAAAAGUCAAUUUUCCGUCACACAAGGUGUUCGUGUGAUUUUUUUUUGCUUUUUUUUUUUUUUUGCAAGUCUAUUUAUUUAUUUGUGUUUUUUAAAAAAAAUAACUUUCCUGCUUUUGCUAGCAUCCUAAUAUUAAAUGGCUUUCUCAAAUAGCGAGCCUUCAACCCACAUGGACCUCAAUUAGAUUGUUUUCUAACUUUUGUCUGUGUUGCAAUGUUUCAAUUAUUGUUGGGGGGGGUGGAAAAAAAGAAAGCAAACAAUGUUGACUCCCAUGCUGCUUGUAUUUUUAUUGACCGGGCCUGUCCAAUAUGGUAAAACAUAUUUUGUUUGAUUGUUUUUAUAUAAAACAUUCUUUUAGCAGGCAUGUUUGGAGGGGACCUACAAACUAGAAUUUAUACAAAAAAAAUCAAAUUAUUUUUUUCUUAUGGUAAGGAAUUCUAAGCUUUUUAGCAACACAAAACUAUGUUGUUUUGCGGUUAUAUUUUAUUCAUAUGAAACAUUUUUGAGCAGGUUGGUUAAAGUCCCUGUAAAAUAAGAAUUAAUUUAAGUCUGUUAUAUAUUAUACAUAUCUGUUAUAUUUUAUACAUAUAAUUUUUCAGCAGGCAUAUUUAGAGGGAGCUGAGAAACUACAAUUCUUACCCCAAAAAGUUAGAGUUAGAAAUUAAUAGAGACAAGAAGUAGCAUAGGAAUUAUUUGUAAGAUUUUUAUCUGAAUGACCUGCAUAUAAAACAUUUUUGGGCAGGCGUGUU